AUGGCGACAAUUCUUACUAUGAAUCUGCCCUCCGAUGACGAGGCUGAUUCGGAUUACUCUUUUUCGGAACACUCCUCCGGAGACGAACGUGAGGUUAAGAAGACGAAGCGGCAGCUCAAGCGUGAGUUGCAGCUGGAAAAGGAGCGUCAAGAGCUUAAGAAUAAAGUAGAUGCCUUAUUUGGUGACAUGUUGCAGGAGAGUGAUCAGGCCUACCGUCAUAAGCAAACAGUGAAGUCCACGGAUUUUCUGUUACAGUUUCACAAAAAGGAUCAUUCGUCUUCAGGACCAAAGAAUAAAGAUAUUAGAGAACUGGAAAAUUUCGUGUCGCUAUCAAGUAGCAGUAUAUUUGAAGAGCAACAAACCCUUGAUAUUUGUGAGUUCAAAGAGCAGUGCCGAAACACUCCAGAUGCCGAGAAAUUGGAAUUGAUUCAUCAGGCAGUGAGGGACGCAGAAAAAGUCGAGCCAUCGAUCAUUGCAAAGACUUAUAAGUUUGCAGGGAAGACAUACACUGUUAAAGAGCAUGUAGAUAAAUCGUCGAAGAAGUACAAGCAAUUUGCUAAGAAGCAGAGCAUGGCAGUAGGAGGUUCGCUUUCGUUCAUUGACGAUAUGGUGCACGAGCUUGAUAGUGCGCCCAAGAUUUCAGCCAUCAAAAAAUCUGAGGCCGAUUGGAACCAGUACAAGGACGAACACAAGAUUGAUACGCUUCAUCAAGAUCACCGAUUCCUCAAGGAGCAAGACUUCCUUCAUCGCGCAUCAUGGAAAGAACAUGACAACUACCUACAUGUGCGACGCCAAUGA